AUGGCCGCGCCCAUCUCGGAAGACCUCUACGAGCUGCUCGAGGUCGAGCGCUCGGCGUCGGAGGCCGAGAUCCGGUCGAGCUACCGCAAGCUCGCGCUCAAGUACCACCCGGACCGCAACCACGGCACGCCCGGCGCCGAAGAGCACUUCAAGAAGCUCGCGACCGCGUACGCAGUGCUCUCGGACGCCAAGCAGCGCCGUGUGUACGACGUGUCGAGCAAGGACGGCACUCCGGACGCUGCGCUUGCCGCGUUCCAGGGCCUGCAGCCCAUCGACGUCAACGAGAUGAACAGCCUCGGGCGCAUGCUCGGCGCGCUCUGCUCCAAAAUGGGCAUUCCACUUCCAACGCAAAUCAGUGCAAAUGUUCUCGCCGCUGCCCACGACGCCGUCAAAGGCAUCGGUAUCGUCAAGGACCUCGCCAUGGGUCUCGAAGCCUCUGGGCGCGUCGAGAAACAAGAAGCGCACUUCUUUCGCCUCACGAUCGGCGACGUGCCGCCCACUGGCAUCGUCAUUAGCUGCCGCGCGGCACCCAAGAGCAAGUUCAAGCUCAUCCUCUUCGACUCGGACGGCGGCGUGCGCCACGUGCAAGAGUGCGGACCACGCUCCAAGUACACGUCAGCCGACAUCUUUAUGACAUCGAUGGAGUUUAUGGACAUGAACGAGUCCUGGAAGUUCUUGACCGAGCAAGAGAAGGCAUUGCCCGAGGUCUUCUCGAGCUUGACGACGCUCGAGCUCAUGCAAACGCCGCACUUGGGCGCUGGCAGCCACCUCUUUGCAGUCUAUGGCGACAAUUGGUUCUCGGCGCUCAACUACACGGUGCAGUGCACCGUCAUCCAAGCGACGAGCGCCACCAACAUCCAGCUCACCGAGGCCGAGAUGCUGCAUUUGCGCAAGGACAUUGAUGCGUUUCAGGCCGAGUUUGUCGCGGCGCAAAAAGCCUUUGAAGCGGUCGUCGCCAAGGCCAACGACUACGACGUGCGCACAAAGGAGCUCCUCCAGGCUCGGCGGUGUGCAUACGAAACCUUCUUUCAAGAGUGCGCCGAGCCGUACAAGGCGAUGCAGCCCGCGCGUGAGCGCCGCGAUUCGGCGCCCUCGGCCUUUCAGAACCUCUGGUCGCGCUUUACCGAGCCCAAGGAGCCUCCGAAGCGCAACGAGUUUUAG